GAAUUGACCAACACCACAGCCUCGUCUAGCCUUGUUGCGAGGCUGAACGCACUAGUCCGGCAUAAAUUUAGGAGGCGCGAUCUAUGGCUCGCGUCGUCCGAAAACGACUUCAAUAUUUUGGUGAACUCGAAAUUCAGCUUCACCAUCUGCCACAUUAUUGGCUCUUGCUUGCUCUGAAGAUUUCACCUCCAUUGUAAUAACGAAUUUUAGCAUAGCGUUUCCAAGACCAGAGUUAAAAGGUUUCUUCCAAUCGAGAUUCUUCUUCUUUCAACAGCAGAUUCCAGGUCACCAGCCAACAUUAUUUUCCUCAUACUACCAACUUUUCAUAUUCAACGCUUCGCUUUAGUCCGAGCUACAAAUCAGGCUCUACUCAGAUGAUUGGCUCCUAGCAGACAAUAGCCCUUCGCCAUGAGGGAAGAGGAACUAUGGGACCAGCUUCAGGAGCUCGACGGUGAACUCAAGAGUUUUCCUCCCAGUGCGCACUGGUUCUGUCCCAAACGAUUCGACGAUGACAAUGUCGACUAUGAUCAGCCGAACGAGCCAGAGGAGGGCAUGAGCCAAGAGACCAAGAAGGAAUUAAUACAAGACUUCAAGAAGAGAUGCAAAGUCGCAUAUCGAUACUCUCAGAUCCUUGGACUCAACGAAGACACAGCAGGUAAGGCAAGGGAGGAUUAUUCUGCGGCCUUAGACCAUGCCCUGAAGCUUUGCGAUAAAUGUGUAUUCAAUUGGCAUCUUGGACGUAAAGAGCAUUUGAAAUGGCUUUCCGAACAAUAUGACGAUGAGGUGGUUACGGAACUUGCAAAUCGAAUCAAUUCACUCGACUUCCAGAGGAUCGACAAAGGUUUGAAAUCAGGAGAAGAACUCCUCAGAGCGGUAGAACCUCAACGGCGCAACCAAUCUUACCUGGCGAAACAAGAUACCGCCGCCCUGAUGGCUAUCUAUGAAUCUCUCUGCUGUGCAGAGUACCAUCGAGACGACUCAAAACUAUCAAAGCACUUCGAUUAUGUUUUUGAACAAGUUCAACAGCGAAAGGUUCUCAGACUUGGCGAUAUGUUACCUGCAAUGGCACGUUUUCUAUUCAGUAGAAAUCAUUAUAGACAUCGAUUUGCGGCGACUUGCUGGGAUAAAAUGACCGACAAAUUAUCAGCAAAGACAUUCGACUGGGUUGUGAAUGACAAUCUUGCUGAAGCUAUCGUUCAUGUGGCAAAUUUUUCCGCCGCACCGGAAGACAUCAUCGCGUUCUGGAAGGCGUUCCUGCUCAUGCUGGAGAGAAUGGAUCAAGAUCUUGUAACUCAUCGCUUGCGUGGUAUGGAGGUUCAGCCAGAUAUCUACCGCCUUGCACUCCAACACUUAGCCGCUAGCUCUGGAACAAUUAUUCAACUUGUUGUCAAGGCUCUCAGCGGACUUCUCGCCAAGGCCCCAAAAGUUUUCUGGUCAGCCAUGGAAACCAUCUCUCCGGGCGCAGUGAUUGACUGCAUAUUUCAAAGUCCUGGAUUUGAGAGGUUACUUAUGAAUGCUGAGUUCUUUCAAAAUAUAGCUGAAUCCCCUCCGAUAUCCUGGAUCCCGGGUUUCCUCAACUCGAUAGGUACGGAUCAUCGGUACGAUGCCUGCCGAUCGCUACUUCGCCAUCUUCUGGAACGAUUUCAAAGUGACAAAUACCCGGAUGACACGAGAGUUGCCUGUUGUGCUGCUGGCAUGGGAGCACUAAACCUUACCUUGGAGACUUUCGUCAGCUCCGAAUACAAGAUCAAUCCUUCGACCUCCUUGAUAGUCAUCAGUGAGCUUAUGGGACUUGUCAAUAAGCACCGCAGCAUGGUCGAUGGAUGUGCAGAUUUGGAAGAUGGCAACAUAACAGCCGCACAAAAGACUUUGAGAACACUCGGAAUGUCGGUCAUAAAGAAUGCUCUCAAACUGGAUUGCAAGAGUGUAAGAGCUGAAUUCGACAACUUAUUACAUGGUCAGCCUGUUCAACGUGGUCUGAGAAGCCAUUCCCAACCAAUAUGGCAAGGCGUGUUAGACAUCUUUCGACCUGGAAAUAUUGAACUGGCUAAGAGCAUCAUCCCUGCUACCUCAAUUCUAGCUGGUCUGGAUAGAUUUCACCCGAAAGAUAGAAAAAAGGCGGAGUUGAUGCCCAAGGAUCGGGUACAGUUCAACAAAGAUUUGGAUGAAUUGAUGGAUAAUAUUUCACGAAUUAUUGACCGCUUAAGCGACUUUUCCAGCCUAGAUCUGGCUCAAUUUUCCCAAGACUCUUCAAUGAUUCAACCACUCGUUGCGACUUUAGUCUCCUGCGAUCAAAGAGUGUGCGAGGCUACUGUCGGCGCCAUCAAAGCUAUAACUGGUGAAGAUGUGAGGCAAGACGCCCUGCAAAAUCUUCUUGAGACUUCAUUCAGCCCAAUGCUUGCUUCGAUGAACUUAACUGUCAAAGAAGUAACUCGCGUACGGACUUUCGGCGCUGUUCCAUACAUGAUCAAAAUCAAUAGUGAAGUGCUCACCGGCUUGGCUGGGAAUACCGGUGUGCUUCGAGCCCGUUCGAACUUCUCCAAACAGGACCGAUACCUCAUCAAGGACUGGUGGCAUUCGCAAUGGCGAGCACUCCAUGUAUCGUUCGAAUCGACUGAAGUAUGGUCGCCUAGUGUCAACAAGAAUACCGCAGAAAUGCAGGAUUUCUGCCGCGCUGUAAUGGAGUACGCCGAAGCACUUUUCGAUGAAUAUUCGGUUUUCGCAGCUGCUUUGAAGGGAUCUAUUCCUUCACCAAGCACUCAAGAAGACUCUGAGAGACAUGGGUCUUCCAGCGAGUCCAUUAAAGACAUCUUGACUGUUGUUGGUAACAACAUUAACGGAAUGGUCACCUGGCUACGCCUCAGAGAUGGUUACCUUGUUAGCAUCAUUACAAAACUUUUGGGCAAACUUCUCCGCGCCUUAGGAGAGUAUAACGUAGAUGUCCAUGACUUUGCAGACAAGUAUAUUCGAAAUGCUUGCAUGUCUGAUGGGUCGGUUAGGACCAAUUUGACAAUGCAGCAAAAGGGCGAACUACAGAGAGCACUUGAUGAGCUUCAUGGUUUCUCGGAAAUCGUUGAAGUUUCCAAAGUUUCUUCGAUCCCCCGAGCUCAAAUUUCUCUUGAUUCAUGGUCAAGGUCUGCAGGCGGGAUGCAGCAUGAGCCAAGACUCCCCCCAAGAAGUGAGAAGAAGAGCACCGUGAAGACCGGGCUUGUAUCGGCAUUCCAGCCUUUAAGCAAAAUCAAAGCAGACACAACCAUGUCGGCCGAGGCUCAAGAAGCUUUCAAAGAGAAUCGUCGGAAGAUGCAAGAAGAACGAGAGCGCCAAAAAGCCGACGCGAUCGCCAAAGCGAGAGCAAUUCGAGCACCCGCAACCAUUCGAGGGGAGGGCUCUGGUCUGAAGGGUAUUGAUGGAGUCGCUGGCAAAGACCAUGCUCCAAUCCGAAGUGAAAUCAUGGUUGGAUCCUCCGACGAGGACUCAGAUGAUGACGACGACGAGGAUGAGACUAACGCUCUCGUGAGACGAAGAAAAGAGACUUCAAAGGUCGUUUCCGAAUAUGAAGAAAGUAGGCGACGAGCCUUGAAGCAGUUGAACCAAGGGCCAGUAAAGAAGACCAAGGUGCAAAGAUCAGCUAAGGAUCUUCGUGCUCGCGUAGAACCGAAUAUGGAUCCACUGUAUGAGGAAAUCCUCAGCUGGGACAUCUUUCACGACAGCGACACUCCUCCCAGCAGCACCGUUUGUCGGAAGAUUGAUAACAAGUACUUGGACCUUGACCUCUACAGGUCAACCUUUGCACCUUUGCUCAUUUCCGAAGUGUGGCGCUCUCUUGUUACCGCCAGGGACGAGAACAACUACAAACCUAUUGAGAUCAAGGUUCUAAAUCGCAUGUCUGUCGACAAGUUCAUGGAAGUGAGUACGAGCAUGCCAAUGUCAAAGAACCGAGAUCUUAUGGUGUCUGAACGUGACAUCGUCCUUUUAUCCCAGAACCCAGACCCAAUAAAUAAUCCGUCCGCUCCACAUUGCCUGGCUCGAGUCCAACGGACGACUCGGAAGAAGGACGCUCUUGAGGUUACAUAUAGCAUCAGCAGAGGAACCGCAGCAGUUCUUUUGAACAGCUUUGUGCCAAAUGGCAAGGCAUAUGCAGUUAAGAUUGCAGAUAUGACAACGACUCAACGGGAGUUCGCGGCUCUAAGUGCUUUGUUGUACUAUGAUUUGUGUAGUGAGAUCUUGGAAGCGAAACCAUCUCCUAUCCAGAAGUACUCGGACGAAAAAAUAUCAGCAUACUCAUCCACCUACAAGCUCAAUAAAGGGCAAGCCCGAGCCAUCUUAUCGGCCAACGAAAACGAUGGUUUCACUCUAAUUCAAGGGUAAAUUUUGACCACUUCUCAUAGCUGCAUCCACUAAGUCAUUCACAGGCCACCAGGAUCUGGGAAGACGAAGACCAUUGUAGCCAUGGUUGGAUGCCUUCUAACUCAGACUCUAAAAGAGCAAGCAUCAAAUGCGGUCCAACAUAAGCCUGCGGUUCAAGGCCAACCAGCUGCGAAAGCAACAAUGAAGAAGAAGCUUCUGAUAUGCGCUCCUAGUAAUGCCGCUGUUGAUGAACUGGUCGUCCGUUUGAUGGAAGGAAUUCAACCUUUGAACGGACCCCGUCAAAAGAUUAAUGUAAUCCGGAUUGGAAGAAGCGAUGCGAUCAAUGCCGCGGUGAAAGAGGUCAUGCUUGACGAGUUGGUACAGAAAAAGCUCGAGGGGGUUGAUGGUGAGAAAAACAAGCUGUUGAACGAGCGCGAGAAACUGCAUAAGGACGCUGCCCUUAUCAAAGAACGGCUUAAUGUUAUCAGGCCGCUGAUGGACGAGGCCCACAAGACGAAUGAUGUCAAGAAGGAGCGUGAUCUGCGACGGGAGUUUGACGACCUAAAGAGAAAACAAGCCUCAAUAGGUGCCAAGAUCGAUGAGGACAAGCAAAGUGGAAACACUUAUACACGGCAAAACGAGAUCAACCGACGUCGAUUUCAGCAGGAAAUCAUUGAUGGUGCUCAUGUUCUUUGCUCCACUCUCAGUGGUAGUGGCCACGACAUGUUUCGAAACAUUGAUGUCGAAUUCGAGACAGUCAUUAUUGAUGAAGCCGCACAGUGUAUCGAACUUAGUGCGCUGAUUCCACUGAAAUACGGAGCUACUAAAUGUAUUCUAGUCGGAGACCCCGAACAACUUCCGCCAACUGUUCUCUCGAGAUCUGCUCAGAGCUUUGGCUAUGAGCAGAGUUUGUUUGUCCGCAUGCAAAAAAAUCAUCCAAAGGAUGUGCACUUGCUUGAUACGCAAUACCGCAUGCAUCCUGAGAUCAGCAGUUUCCCAUCGGAGCAAUUCUACAAUAGUAGACUGAUCGAUGGCCCUGGUAUGGACAAAUUGAGAGAACAACCAUGGCACGCAAGUACAAUCCUUGGGCCGUAUCGAUUUUUCGAUGUCGAGGGUGUUCAGACCAAGCAUGCGCAGGGCCACUCGUUUAUCAAUAUUCCGGAACUGAAUGCCGCACUGGCCCUGUAUGCGAGAUUGAAAGAGGACUACAGAAACGUUGAUUUCAAGGGCAAAAUCGGAAUUAUCACGAGUUACAAAGCUCAACUGACUGAGAUGAAAGCGCGUUUUGCCAGAAAGUACGGCGACGACAUUUUCGAAGAGAUCGAGUUUAAUACUACGGACGCAUUUCAAGGCCGUGAGCGGGAAAUCAUUAUAUUCUCCUGCGUUCGAGCCAAGGCUACUGGUGGUAUAGGCUUCCUUGGAGAUAUCAGACGUAUGAAUGUCGGCCUUACUCGUGCCAAAUCGUCGCUUUGGGUUCUUGGAGAUUCACGCUCCUUGCAGCAGGGCCAAUUCUGGAAUAGGCUCAUCGAAGAUGCCAAGGCUCGCGAGAGAUAUACAAGCGGAAAUGUGAUGGAGCUGUUUUCGAAGCCCACAUCCCGCGGAGGCCAGCCAGCUUGGCAGCCACGACAAACUCCAGCCAUUGAGAAUCAAACACCCUCAUCAAGCAACUACCCCGUUACUUCUCGUCCGAAGGAAGAACGCGAGGACCAUGAUAUCGUGAUGACAGACGCCCCAAGUCUUUCUAGCUCAAGGAAGACUUCUUUAACUGGAAAUGGUGGUAAUGCUGCAGUGACUACCAAUAAACCUCAAGGGGCGCUGGGUAUAAGACCAGGUGUUUGUAAGCCUACUGCGAGUAGCAUAGAAGGAAGUCGUCCCAAGAGACCACGAGAUUCGGAUGUCAAAGAUGAGCAAGGGCAAGGACCACCAAAAAAAGCACAUCCAACACCGCCCCCAGGUGCCGAAACGUCCGCUCUUGAGGCAGCUCUCCAAGCUCAGCAAGCAAAGAAGCCACCACCAACGUCCCGUCCUCGACCCCCAGGAGUUGUUCCGCCACCCCGACGUCCUAAACCGGCGGC